AUGUCCCUCUCACCUCCCUCCUCCAGUCCCUCUCUUCUCCUCUCCUCCCUUGCCUCUUCCCUUCCCUACGCGGUGCUCCCCCUUCCCUACGCGCUGCUCCCCCUUCCCUACGUGAUGCUCCCCCUUCCCUACGCGCUGCUCCCCCUUCCCUACGCGCUGCUCCCCCUUCCCUACCGCUGCUCCCCCUUCCCUACGCGCUGCUCCCCUUUCCCUACGCGCUUCCCUCCCGUCCUUCCCGUCGUGCACGUCCCUCCUGUCCCUCCCGUCCCUCCCGUCGCCCAACACCUUCCGCCCCGCCCCUCGCUUCAGUCCCGCAUUCGCUCCUGUCGUUCUCUUCCCUCCCGUCCCUCCUUUCCCUCUCUGGUUCUCGUCAUCCGUCCCUCAUUCACAUCGCUCACUCGAUCCGUCGCGCACUCCCCCUUCACUCGAACGAACACACCGUCCACACAGGGCAACCGCCUUGCAUCGGGCCUGUCGCUCACACACUUACAUGUGACAUUCACUCCCGUUCCGCACACUCACUCCCCUCCUCUCCUCUCCCUUUCCCCGUGUCCUUCCCUCCGUCUCCCCCCUUGUUCCUCUCUCUCUUUCCCUGUGUCCGUUUCCCACCUUCCCCCUCCCUCCCUUUCCUCCAUUCCUAACUGCUCCUACCCUCCCCUCCUUCUCAUCACUCGUUUUUCCCCGUUCUUCUGA